AUGUACAGCAAGCUAUUAGCUAUGCACGCUAAUCUCACCUCCAUUCCUUAUAAAUGGACCGCAUGCAAUAAUGAUAUGUUUAAGAACUGGAGAGAUUCUGAAAACUCGAUAUUGCCUAUAUACAAGGAACUCAUGGACGUUGGUUUGAGAAUCUUGGUGUUUAGCGGCGAUACAGACUCGGUGGUUCCAGUGACUGCGACUAGACUUUCCCUUAGCCAUCUAAAUCUUACGGUUAAAACUCCUUGGUACUCUGAGAACCAGGUAGGAGGAUGGACAGAGGUAUACGAGGGGCUUACCUUUGCGACUAUAAGAGGAGCGGGACACGAAGUGCCGGUUUUGCAACCGGAGCGUGCACUGACUCUUUUAAGAUCGUUCUUGGCAGGCAAAGAGCUUCCAAGAUCUUAUUAG